AUGGGAUGCUCAGAAGGGACCCAUACAACCCUACAUCUGGUCCUGCUGCCACUUCUAGGUCUGACAGCUGCAGGCCUGGAGUCUCCACUUCUAGGUCUGAUAGCAGCAGGCCUAGAAUCUCCACUUCUAGGUCUGAUAGCAGCAGGCCUAGAAUCUCCACUUCUAGGUCUGACAGCUGCAGGCCUAGAAUCUCCACUUCUAGGUCUGACAGCUGCAGGCCUAGAAUCUCCACUUCUAGGUCUGACAGCUGCAGGCCUAGAAUCUCCACUUCUAGGUCUGACAGCUGCAGGCCUAGAAUCUCCACUUCUAGGUCUGACAGCUGCAGGCCUAGAAUCUCCACUUCUAGGUCUGAUAGCAGCAGGCCUGGAAUCUCCACUUCUAGGUCUGAUAGCUGCAGGCCUAGAAUCUCCACUUCUAGGUCUGACAGCUGCAGGCCUAGAAUCUCCACUUCUAGGUCUGACAGCUGCAGGCCUGGAGUCUCCACUUCUAGGUCUGAUAGCAGCAGGCCUAGAAUCUCCACUUCUAGGUCUGAUAGCAGCAGGCCUAGAAUCUCCACUUCUAGGUCUGACAGCUGCAGGCCUAGAAUCUCCACUUCUAGGUCUGACAGCUGCAGGCCUAGAAUCUCCACUUCUAGGUCUGACAGCUGCAGGCCUGGAAGUCUCCACUUCUAGGUCUGACAGCUGCAGGCCUAGAAUCUCCACUUCUAGGUCUGAUAGCAGCAGGCGUGGAGUUUCCACUGCUGUGUCUGAUAGCAGCAGGCUUCAGUUAUGCACACUUGCCUAUACAGUAAUAAGCUGCUUUCAUUCCUUGAUAACACCUCCAUAUAUUUGUAUUUAUUUUCCAAAGGUAAGUUUAACCAUUAACAAGGGAAUUGCUGGAUUCCUCAAUACCCCAGUCAUUCUGUUGCAUUUCAUUGUCAAUUUAAGAGCUCUGUACUCUUGACUAUUUUGAUCAACUAAUAAUAAGUGUACAAUUAUUUAACUUCUGUUUAUUGUUUCCAUGUUUUAAUGCAAGACAGUCAUACUCAGAAACAUCUUGUUCAAAUAGUGUAUUGGUGGACAGAUUUCUGAUUUAACAGCCAUACUUGUUUGAUCUGUUAUUUUGUACAAUUAGAAAGAAAAAAAAAAGCCAUUUAAUUACAAGAAUGACUUGAGCCAUUAAUUACACUGAUGAUCAAGUUCAAGACGAACAGGAACAGGAAGUGAAAAGUUUGGAUGGUUUUAAGCCCGCCCACCAGCGUUCAAUAACAGUAUUGAAUAUGUUGUGUUGUUUACAUUGAUAUAUUUUGUUCUUAUUUUACAAAUGUUAAUUGUUUGCUUUUGGGUCAUUGGUUUCACUUCCUGUCCUUUUUGUUACUGUGGUGAAGACAGCCUCAAAACCUUCAUCGUUUUAUAUUUGGUUGCUUUCAAAACAUCGUCAUCAACAUACAGAUGUUCAUAACAACUGUUUGUUCCUGUGAAACAUCGGUUAUUGUAGGAAUGUCAGAACUGUUGGAUGAGCAGGUUGUUUGUUGUGCUGCACUCCAGCAGCUGCCUCUCCCGGGAAAGGAAAGUAUACUGCGUUAGAUGCAUAAGUUGUAUAUAAAAAAAAUAAUAUUAAAAAUAUCUGUUUUUCAACAGACAAACUAUGUAAAUGAUCUUGUACCAUACUGUGAAUGUUUUUUUGUUUUUUAAAAAUAUAUAUACAAAUGCUUAAUGGUGAUAAAUAAAAACAUUAUUCAAAAGCAA